AUGAGCUCGCUGAGAUCCUCUCAGAAGGAGAAGGUUAGGCAGUUUAUCACAUUCACUAGCGCUAGUGAAAGAGUGGCUAUUCGUAAACUCAAGGAUUUCAACUGGAACGUAGAGGUAGCCAUUGACUCCUUCUUUAAUGAUCAGCCAGUCGUUCAGAGAGGAUUUGCAGCCGCACCCGCGUCUUCAGGCGUCGACGUUUAUAAGCUUAACCAGACAUUCCAAAGAUAUAAAGACAAAGACGAGGAUGCUAUUCUAGUCGAUGGAAUGCUUGAAUACUGUAAUGACUUGAAAGUUGCUCCCGAAGAUGUUGUUAUGCUAGUUAUUGCUUGGCACUUGGAAGCAGAAAAAAUGUGUGAAUUCAGGCGUCAAGGAUUUGUUAAUGGUUGGUCCAAAUUAAGAUGCGACUCUAUUGAAAAAAUGCGAGCUGCCAUACCGCGUCUUCGAGAUUCGAUACAGGAUGAAUAUACGCUAAAAGAAAUUUAUCAAUUUACAUUUAAAUUUGGAUUGGCUGAGAAUCAAAAGUCGUUGAGUCUCGAUGUCGCGAUAGGAUAUUGGCAACUGUUAUUGUCUGAUCGUUGGCAACAUCUUGACAUAUGGAUAGAUUUUAUAAAGGAGAGACAUGGAAAGUCGAUCUCUAAAGACACGUGGAACCUGUUACUUGAUUUCAUCAAACAAAUCAAUCCUGAUUUUUCCAAUUACGAUCCGGAAGGGGCUUGGCCGGUACUGAUUGAUGAGACUAUGCCAGAGAAGUUCUGCAUAUAUCGUGAUCGAGAUCGAAAACUCAGUCAAAUAGAUGCUCUUGGAAUUUUCGGUUGA